CGUUUUGAUUGAGUUUCUUUUUCAGGAAAAUGAAAGUAAAGACCUCAGUUUUUCUCUAAAUGAGCGCGAUGAGAUUCACACCUGAAGAGAGGGAUAAACAGAUCAGCCGAGACCCUCUGUUGUCCGACAGACCUGGUCCAUGAGUCUUCAGAUUGAAGAUGUCUGCCAAUACCAUCGUUUUCUUUGACCUGGAAACCACUGAAUUAGACACAUCAGUUUGUGAUCUGGUCCAGAUUUCAGCGGUCUGUGGCGACCAGUUCUUUAAUAUGUACACUGUUCCCUGUCGGCCCCUGUCGGAUGGUGCCUCCCAGGUGACAGGAUUCUCAGUGCAGGAUGGCCGUCUGUUCCUGCAUGGGGUUAUGAUGUCCACUGUCCCACUGCGGGAUGCCUUGUCCUACUUCCUGUCUUACCUCCAGUCUUUCCGGUGCCCCAUCCUUCUGGCAGCUCACAAUGCCCAUCGGUUUGACGCUCUAGUGAUCAGAAGAGUGCUGCAGCACUGCGGCUUGUGGAUGGACUUCCAGAGGCUUGUGUCAGGUUUUGUCGACACCUUUCUACUCAGCAGACGGCUUUAUCCAUGUCUGGAAGGAUACUCACAGGAGUACCUGGUCCGAAACUUCCUAGGAAAGACUUACACCGCUCAUAAUGCCGCAGAGGACGCCAGGAUGCUGCAGGAGCUGUAUGAGCUCUGGAGUCCAAACAGAGAGGAUGUGCACUACUGCACCUACAGGACAUGAACAGCUGCUGGUACUGAAAGUACUCAGAUCCAAUUCAGGACAAUUUAAGGUGAAGAGUGUAAGAUUUAUCCUGCAGCUUCAGGACAGUUUAACAAAACCAUUAGCAAAGCAGCGAUGAAAAAGUGUCUUUUGGUCAGUGUGGUGGUUUAGUAAGUACUGUAAAUACAAUAAAUAUGGUCUGGGACCUUCAGGUCUUGAUUCAGGGCUUCAGAUGCAGAACAUUAGAUGUCAUUGCAUUAAAUAAUGGGUAAAUAAUAAGAUAUGUUUAUUUGUCCUUCACAGGAAAAUUGUUUUCACAUACCAUACAGCCACAAGAAUGCAGAACAUCACUCACAAUCAUAUGACAUGCCACAAACCUCACAAAACAGCAAUUUCACAACCUGCCACCACACACAUAUCCAUCUAACACAUUACAAUCUUUUUAAUGGUUUAUUCAGUUCUGUUAUUGCAUCUGGAAUGACAUUUUUGCUGAAUUUAAAUUUUCUUCAGUUUAGUGACAUGUAGCAGUGACCAGAAGGAAGGAGUAUAAAAUAUGGAUUAAUUUUGUGGCUGUUCCAAAUUAAUUUUUCUCCAGAUUUAACCUUUCUGAUCAUGUAGAUGUUCAAUAAAGCAUCAGAUUAAAGUUGAGGGUUAUAAUAUCAGAAACAG